GAGAGAGAGUCCUAAGCUACGAUUAUCAUCAUCGCCUUUCAUCUUCUCCAAAACACAUCAACACCAUCACCAUCGUCGGUUUCUUCUGUCACUUCAGUGGCAGCACGACCUGCAGAUUUACCAAACGAAAGGUAAAACUGCACACCAACGCUCCGCUCUCACUCCCCAUCUCCGGCGUGCGAGCUUAAACCACCACUUCCACUCAUCAACGCCCAUUCAUAUCUAUAUCUCUCGUACGCCACCAUGGUUGGCUUCGACUUCUCCAACCACAACCGGAAUCUGGCCCUGCAUGCCCGGGGUGUCCCUCUUCCCCAGGCUACUAGCACGGGUACUACCAUUGUAGGAUGCAUAUUUGACGGGGGUGUAGUUAUUGCCGCCGAUACUAGAGCCACGAGCGGUCCCAUUGUCGCUGACAAGAACUGCGAGAAGUUGCACUACAUUGCUCCACAAAUCUGGUGCGCGGGUGCCGGAACCGCCGCCGACACGGAAUUCACCACGGCACUCAUCUCAUCGAACCUGGAAUUGCACUCACUCAGCACCGGCCGGAAGCCUCGCGUCAUAACAUGCAUGACGAUGCUGAAGCAGCAUCUGUUCAGAUACCAGGGACAUAUCGGAGCUUAUUUGGUCGUUGCCGGCGUGGAUCCCACAGGAGUUGGACUCUUCACCGUGCACGCGCACGGAAGCACUGACAAGCUACCCUACGUGACAAUGGGUAGUGGUUCAUUGGCAGCCAUGUCCGUUUUUGAGACGCAAUGGAAGCCGGAGUUGACCCGGGACGAGGCCGUCAAGCUGUGCGCAAACGCCAUCCAGGCCGGUAUUUGGAACGAUCUCGGUUCCGGAUCCAACGUCGACGUCUGUGUCAUCACCGAGAACAAUUCGACCCUACUCCGAAACUACAUCACACCCAACGUGCGCGAGAAGAAACAGCGCAACUACCGCUUCCCCAGAGGCACAACGGCCGUGCUUAACGAGAAGGUUAUCAAGCGCGAAGAUAUCAGCAAGUACGUCACUGUGCAUGAGCUCAAGGAUGAUUCGGAAACGGCAGUGGCAGAGAAGAUGGAGUUGGAUGCUUAGAUGUCUUAGACUUGGUCUGAAUAUGGGUUAGCGAAGCAGUGAGCAAUGGGGGUAUUCAACUAAAUCAGGGCCCCUUUUCAACCUUUUUUUCUCGUCUCGCGGAGAAAGGCAGCGGUGUAUCAGACGGGCGUUGGGCUUAGCGUUUGAGUUUGAAUCCGAACUUGAACUCGAGCUGAAGUCUGUUAUGCGCGAUUGAAACACUGCAUAUUAUCAUAUCAUGUCACCGGAUGAUUUCGUCUGUACUGUACUUUAUUUCUUCUUUUUUCUAUUUUUCAUUUCCAAUU